UCUAAACCCUACUUAUAAGUGUAACUGAUGCACAUUCUUGGAAACGAAAAUCAUUUCUUCUCCACAAAAUUUAUCGUUCCCACCAUAGGAGAAUCUGGAAUCAUCGGAGCAGAAAAGGAAGAAUCGCCGUCAAUCACAUUUGAAUCAAAUAAUAUGAGCGGUUAUCGUCCACUUUUGAAGAAGCCUAAGAUCGAACCAGAGGAAGAGGACCCGGAAAAGGAAGAACAGGAAGAUGAUGGCUUUCCGGAAGAGGAAUCUAAUGAAGAAAAACUGGGGGAGCAGAUUAGGAAUGAGCAGGAAGAAGCACUCGUGGCCUUAAUAGAGCAUCGGACAAAAGAAGUCGAGCACCUACGCCAGCGUAUUAAUUAUUAUAAAUCCCAGCUUGAUGAAGCAGAGAAGAGAUUAGAGGAUACCCAAACUAAAUUAGUUCGUCUUCGAGGAUGGAGUGAAGAAAAAUCAUCUAAAAAUCCAUCUAAUGGUAGGGAUGAGGUUAAAUUUGAAAGAAAAUCCCAAAGCCCUUCUCAGAAACAGUCUCUGCCUCAUCUUCACGAUGCUAUGAAGAAGCCUUCUGUAGAUAAUCCGGACCAUGGAAAUUAUUCCAAAAAACAAAUCCAGCCUAAGCCACCACUAGUGAUUCCCACAGUUAAGGCAAAUGAACCUGGAAAUAAACUGUGUGGUCUACCAUCAACUUCAUCAGCACUUACUACUGCAAAUAGUCUCACAAAGUUGAAGGGUGAAAAAACUCGUAAAACAUCACCGGAGCAGGAAAAUGUGGAAAUUCAACCUAAAGGGACAAAAAGGAAAAUUGAUGAGAAAGAACAUGUAGAUUUGAUUCCAUUGGUUGCAAAAAAGUCUUCACCAGUCACAAUUCGCUGUCAUGGUGGCCCUCUGUUAUCCAGUCAACACAAAAGAAAGCUUCGGAGUCUUGCUUUAUGUCCAACAAAUGAUCAGUUAUUCGUGACCAGUGCGUUGGAUGGAAUGGUCAACCUAUGGCAACUUCAGGGACGAGGGACCCCACAGCGACAAAUCCGGCUGUUUGACCUUAGACUGAGGCAAACGGAGAUUCACUCAUUCGGGUUCAAGCAAGAGAGCAGUGAAUCACAAUCGGCCCUUAUAAAUCAGGCAUGGUCUCCAGAUGGACUUUACAUCUCAUCAGGCUCGGUUGACCCUGUUAUUCACAUCUUUGACAUAAGGUAUAAUGCACAAGUACCAUCCCAGUCAAUAAAAUCUCAUCAGAAACGGGUUUUUAAAGCUGCCUGGCACUAUGCACUCCCUCUCCUCAUCUCCAUCUCGUCCGACCUCAACAUUGGGCUCCACAAAAUUAAUUAAGUCGUUAGUGGCAUUUGUACUCGUUGCUUAUUAU